AUGUUGAAGGGUGGUGAUGGGACCAUUAAAUCCGUCAUUGGCGUUGCCAUUGCAGAAGACCCCUCUGAGCCUGCCAAGCUGCAGAGCUUCUUUGAGAGCGCUGACGUUGUUCCUUACUGGGUGCUGUCCACCGAUUACGACAACUACGCUCUGGUCUACAGCUGCAUCAGCCUUGGGGCGGUUCAUGCAGCGUUUGCCGGUAUCCUGAGCAGGCAGCCCACCCUGCCUGAAGAGACAAUCAAGGAGCUGCAGGGCACCCUGUCCUCUUUUGGAGUCGAAGUGGAUAAACUGCUCACCGCCAAUCAGGAUGCAGCUUACUGCAGCGCCAUGAACCAGUAAAUAGACUAAUAUAGUCUCUACAGAUUGUGGUGCAUUGUGGUGCUUUUGAUUGUACUUUCAAUGUUGUUUUAUGUUAAGCCAAUGCUACAAACAUUUUUCAUCAGCA